AUGAGCCGCACUAACCGGCCACUUCUGUCCCUGUCCCGAAUGAUCCGGAAGAUGAAGCUUCCUGGCUGGGAGAACAAAACAGCUAUGGUUGUGGGGACGAUCACAGGUGAUGUACGGAUUCUGGAAGUGCCGGAGCUGAAGGCAUGGGCACCGUGGGUGAGCAGCUGCCCCAAAGUCAGAUCCUCAAGCCUGGGGGGUAAAAGCCUCACCUUCAUCCAGCUAGCCCUGGAGUCUCCCAAGGGCCGAGGCACUGUGCUCCUGUCUGGUCAUUGGAAGGACCAAGAGGUGUACGGACACUUUGGCCAGGCCCCGGGAACUCAACACAGCCACACCAAACCCUAUGUCUGUUCCAAGGGCCGGAAGUUUGAGUGUGACAGAGGCUGA